AUGUCGUUUGACUACAAGAGAUCCCCACAAGAAUUACAACUAGAGCUCACUGAUCUUCAGUGUGAUUCCACCUUGAAGGAAAAGUACAAUUCAGAAAAACUGGGCGAGUUUUAUGCCUCCUUGAGUGAAAUAAAGUUCCCAAAUAUCCGCAAGGAGCCUGGUAACUACCUGUUGCUUCAAGGAAAGUGGAAAGAAAACCAUAAUGCAAAUGUCCAAGUAUAUGCUGUACGUAUUCUGACCCCGGCAGACUUCUACUAUGAGCUGGGUGUUCAGAUUAUUGAAGUUUGUCUGGCUCUGAAACACAGAAAUGGAGGUCUCAUAACCCUGGAGGAACUUCAUCAGCAAGUGCUAAAGAGAAGAGGGAAGUUUGCCCAGAAUGUCAGUCAGGACGAUUUCAUCCGAGCUAUCAAGAAGCUGAAAGUUCUGGGCAGUGGCUUUAGGAUUAUUCCUGUUGGAGGGACAUAUCUGAUCCAGUCUGUACCAGCUGAACUGAACAUGGAUCACACAGUGGUUUUGCAGCUGGCUGAGAAAAAGGGGUAUGUCGUCAGCGAGAUCAAGUCCAGUUUAAAGCGGGAGAUGGAAUGUGCCAAGCACAUGCUGGAACACCUGCUGAAGGAAGUCAUGGCCUGGCUUGACACACAAGCUCCAGGGGAAUCUCAGUACUGGCUGGCUGCUCUCUUUACAGAACUUUACUCUCAGAAAAUCACUCCAGAGGAAGCAAAGAAGACAAUGCCCUGACUGUUAAGAGGAAAACACUGAGCUGUGUGUACCUGUACAUAUUCUUCCUUUGCUGUUGUAUUACCUGAAGUAGGACAUUUAACUUUAAAUAAGGUUGUU